AUGCUCGAUGAACCGCCCGAAAAGCUCAUCAGCCAGGCCGUCGAAAACUUCGAAACGCAGCCGGACGUGGCCUGCAUCGGCAGGUUCAAUGAGCUGGCGCAAGGCCUCAGCGCGGCGUGGAAAAACGAGGAGAAUCGCAUGCAAGCUGCCGUUUCGGCGCUCGAAAACGAGCUCCGGUCCAUCCUUGCACAAACCGACGUGCUCAAGCAGCCCACGGACGAGGUUUUCGAGCGGCUCCACCUCCCCAAGCACAGCGCCGGCGAGGACGCGCAAAAACCCGAUGCUCUCAGCAUAAUCCACCAGCAAACGGCCAGUUUGGACAACAAGAAGAUCUCGUUGGCCAAGCAGCUCACGGAGAUCGAGAGCGCACUAAUGCAGGCGCGUGCUGCCGAAAGGGAGUUGGCGCAACGUGAGGCGGAGAUCUUGGAACAGAGGGCCGCAGCGUUGGCCACCAAUGCCGCCACCAACGUGAGCCUGGCCACGAUGCGAAUCAUGCUUUUCAAGAAACUCGGCAUCCACAUCGAGGACGCCGGCGCGGGCGGCAACGACAAAAUCGUGAUGUUCAGUGAAAACUCGAGUGCGCCGCCCAAGACGCUUGACGUGGAUCCCAAGUUCCUGGACUACUUCAUCAGCAACUACAUUUGGGAUGAAAUUGGGAACAACGCAGAGGACUAG